UAGUGACAGUUUUUCAUUUCAAUGUGUGCUUAUAUGACGAGCCAACUGUUAUUUUUUCAGUGCCGCCUACUUUUCUAUCAGAGCCAAUGUCAAUAAUUGUCGAAGAGCAAGAGAACGUGACUUUCACGUGCUCGGCGGAUGGUGAUCCACUGCCUAACAUCACGUGGUCAAAAGAAAAUGGACACCUGCCAGUGAACAGGUCUGUUGAAACUGAGGGGAGCUUGUUACUGUUAAACGUUUCACUUGAAGAUUCUGGGAACUACACGUGUAAGGCCACCAGUGAAGUGGGAAGCGUUUUAUCGUCUGCGGAACUAUUUGUACAUUCAGUCCUCAAAUUUAAAGAACUACCUCCCUGGGAUGUGUAUUACGUCUAUGUCGGUGACUCACUGACUCUCCCUUGCUCAGCCGAGAGUGACCUGGAACCAACAAUGGCAUGGAUUGUACCGUACCGCGAAGGAAUUAGUAUUUCCCUCAAUAACACUCUGUUCAUUACCUCCGCUGAACUGUCACACGACGGCUCCUACAUCUGCGAAGCCCAGAAUGACAUUAUCAUAUUGCAAGUAUACAUUUAUGUACACGUUCAUGCUCUGCCUUCAUGUCAAGACAUCAAAAUACGACAGGAAGACUCGGCCGGCAGCAUGAAGGACGAUACCAGUGGAUAUUACUUCAUCGACCCCGAUGGUGGAGAUAUCGGAGAAGCGCCUUUUGAAGUAUUUUGCAACAUGACCAUGGAAAAUGGGCGUGGCGUGACGAUUAUAAGCCAUGACAGUGAGAACAGAUCACUCGUUGAUGGAUUUGAACCAGGUGGAAGCUAUAAACGAGAUGUAACUUACACAGGCGCAAACUUAUCUCAAAUUACAAGUCUCAUCAGCAUAUCAGCUGGCUGCCGUCAAUUUAUCAAGUAUGAGUGCUUCGAAUCCAGCCUGCUGGCUGGUGACACUGGCUGGUGGGUGUCACGUGACGGCUUGACCAUGAGGUAUUGGGGCGGAGCACCUCCCCAUAGCGGAAAAUGCGCAUGCGGAGUCAAUAAGGUAAAACUUUCCACUGAGUUUUGUGAAUGGUGCUACCUGCUGCUGUUUUUGAACCUGAAGAGAAUUCAAAACUACACGUAUUACCUAAAACCACAGGACCGCAAUGCGUGCAAACGAAUAUUGCUACAGUAUUACAGUGGCAUAAACUACUUGAAAGAAAAAGGUCCUGACCAGUUCUCUCAAAAAUGGUUUGUCACUGACUGA